AUGUACAUGAACAAAUGCCCUUAUCAAGCGCGAAAAGAAGAAAAUAAAUGCGGGAGGAUCUUUAGGCCGUGGGACACCAGCGAGACCCCACAAGACUCAACGGUUUCCACCACAACCCAAGACGAAGAACUCGUUAAAGUUGAAGAAGUCAAAAGUGAUCAGUCAGUGAAACAGUGUUCAGAUUAUGUGCCAAUUACUUCCGCCAGUUCUGAUGUUUUCCUUCCGCAAACCUCGCUGUCCUUGGAGUACGUUCACGACCCUUAUGGACCAUUGGCCAGUGAUUUAGUGCAAUCGAACCUCGCCCAACAUCUGGGUUUACCACCGAACGAUCCACUUCUUCUAGAGUCUCUGGCACAGGGGUUUGCUCUGGAAGAGUAUGCCAGAGUGCUCACGCAGGAGCAACAAGCGAAACUUAUGGCAAGCAAGAAGCAACGACCCAAGAAGUAUAAAUGUCCGCAUUGUGACGUGGGGUUUUCGAAUAACGGACAGUUAAAGGGACAUAUUCGAAUACAUACAGGCGAACGUCCUUUCAAAUGCGACGAGAAGGAAUGCGGUAAAAGUUUCACCAGAAACGAAGAACUCACUAGACACAAACGGAUCCACUCUGGUCUCAGGCCAUUUCCAUGUUCCCAUUGUGGAAAACGGUUCGGUAGAAAAGACCACCUGAAGAAGCAUUCCAGGACGCAUUUCCAACCGAGGGGUCUCUAUGCCGUCCCAGUGGUUUUGCCGUUCGAAGCAUGGGCUUCUGGACAAACUAACGGAUAUCCGUUUUUUCCUGUGAUGUAUUAGUUU